AUGGCACCCAAGAAAGAGAAAGGCGGGGCUGCGAAUACCACGGCUAAGGCAUGGGAGCCCUCGCUCAUCGCUGCACACUUCAACCAGGACGACUGGAAGGGCUCCAUCGCUUUUGUAGUUGGAAACCAAGUCGAGGAUGACCUUCUCCUCGGCGCCCUGGCCCUGGCGGUGCAGGUGCCUCAGCGCAAGCUCUUCAGCAUGGUUUCCUGGCAAGACAUCCUGCAGCAGGUCAAUGAAGCAAAUGCGCUUUUUGGAGCUACAUCUAAGAGGGCGAAGAAGCCUGUGGGAGUGUCUCCUCCUUUGUAUUAUGAGGUGUUAAUGGCAGCGAAGACCAUCCUGGACGCCGGCGAGAAACUGACCCUACCGCUGAUAGGGAAGCUCCUGAAAUUCCAGCUUCUCCAGAUUAAGUUCAAGGACCAGCAGCGACGGGAAAAUGAAAAGAAGGUGACAGAAGAUAGAUUUAAGAUAGAAAAGGACAAAGGCAAAGCCAAAUCUCCCAAGGAGAAGAAGACGCCAAGUGCCAGGGCUGCCAAGGGGAAGGGCAAGGACCAGCCUGAGGCCGGCGCGGCGGUGAAGAAGACCACCCAGCUGAAGCGCAGGGGCGAGGAGGACGGCACCAAGCACUACAUCGACGAUGAGCCAGACGAUGGUGCCCAACAUUACAUUAUAGUUGUGGGCUUCAACAAUCCUCAGCUAUUAGCGAUUAUGACGGAGCUUGGCAUCCCCAUAAGCAGCGUGAUUAAAAUAGCUUCGGAGAAUUACGAAUCUCUGCAGACACACCUGGCAGCAGUUAGCCAGCAGCAGGAAGUUCUUCUUCAGCCCCGAGAUAUAGAAGCUGAGAGACUGAAGAAAGAGAAUGCCACGAAGGAGCUUGAAGUCUUCUGGAAGUACCUGGAACCGAUCCUGAAUAACGAAAAACCCGAAACGAAUCUCUUUAACGUGGCCCGGCUGGAGUACACGGCGAAGGCGGACAACUUCCCCUCUUCCUGGUCCGACAGCGAGAUGCUGCUGGAGUUGGGCACCCACAUUUUUGAGCACAUCGCCUGCUUGAUGUACGACACCCUGGACUGGAGCAGGCAGCACCAGCACUACUUAGAAAGCAUGCAGCUGAUCCACAUCCCGCCAGUGGUCCACGAGAAACCUGUUCUAGAAGCAUCCCCGACGGCAGAGGCACUGCCGCCUGUCCCUCCCACGCCUGGAAAGAAGAAACCGCCUUCGGAAGAGCCACAGGCCCCGCCAGCAGUGUCUCUCGUCCCCACCACGGACGUGGACAUGCGGUGUUACAACGACUUGCUGAAUCUGGUCCCGGAGGAGCUGGCCUCGGUGGCCCUGAUCCUGCACUGCAUGCUGGAGCAGGUGGUGGCAACUGAGGACGACCUUGUCCCUCCCAGUCUGCUGGACCCAACGCCCAGAACAGACGGGCUGGACCACAGAGUUGCAGCUCACAUUGCGUCCAUCCUGCCCUCCCUCUGCCUCACAGAGAAGGAGAAAAAGAACCUGCAUGAAAUCUUCUCAUCCGAAGAAGAAAAGGAAAGCAAAGCCGUGCCACAAGGCCCUCUCCUGCUCAACUACCAUGAUGCCCGGGCCCAGAAGAAGUACGUGCUAAAGGACCAAAAGAAUCUGGACCCAGCCCAGAUCGAGGAGGACAUGCAUGCCCGGCUGCCGCUGUGGCGGGUCCUGGCCUUCCCGCUGUCGCCGCCCUGGAACAGCACGAAGCGUCUCGCCAUGACCCACGAGCUCAUGCACUUCUGUACCAACGAAAACUUGAGCUGGAACGAGGUAGAACGUGCCUUCAAGGUGUUCACUUUUGAGAGCCUGAAACUCUCCGAGGUCGACAAAGACGGGAGGCUGAAGCCUUCCGGGAUGGCGUCGGGCACGGACGCCUUCAGCGUGCCAUGGGACAACCCCGCCAGGUUCGCUAAGCAGAUCAGGCACAACCUCAUGACAGCCAGCGCCCACGAGGACACCCUGCAGACAGAUACCGAACCCAAAGACAAAACAAUAUUUAUGCAUCAGAAGUUGUUAAUGCCCGAGAAAGAUGAUGAGAUUCAUAAAGAAGCUCCGGGUUCCAGACGGUCUGAUGCUGACAGCGUGAAUGCUUUCUCUGACGGGAGUAAGAGGAAACCCUCACACCCUGAUGAGAGAGAAUGGUCAGGUCAGAAGAGCACCCUGGACGGCCUGCCCUGGCCUGAGCUGCUGGAGCGGACCACAAGCAGCAAGAUCAAAGAUGAGGCAGUCACAAAGGGCUCUCCUUUUGAAAAGAAACCCAAGAAGAUGCCAGUGGAGGCAGAGUUGGAGGACAUAAAGAAAACGCAGCAACGCAGCCUCAUGGACUGGACUUUCACCGAGCAUUUUAAACCAAAAGUUCUGCUUCAGGUUCUUCAAGCUGCCAAGGAACAAUACAAGUGUGUUGAUUCUUAUUACCAUACCCAAGACAACUCUCUACUGCUCGUGUUUCACAAUCCAAUGAACGCGCGGCGUCUGCAUUGCGAAUACUGGAACACCGCUCUUCACUCCAACGUCGGAUUCCGGAAUUAUUUGGAACUUAUCGCAAAGUCCAUUCAAGACUGGAUCAUAAAAGAAGAAGUGAUAUAUCAGGAAUCUAGAAUGAAUGAUGAAAUCAAUAGGACCAAGGCUGAGCUGGAAUUAAAAUCUUCUGUCAGUGUCAAACUCUCUUCUCCUAGUAAAAGCAUUUCUGCUAAAAAAUCUAAAAGCACCAGAGGAGUCACCAAAGCAGAUAUACUAGAUCAAGACAAAGACAAAGACAAAGAAAAAGACAAGAUUCCUUUCAUUUUAGAAGGUUCUCUCAAGGCUUGGAAAGAAGAACAAGAGCAAUUAGCAGAAGAGGAACGCCUAAGGGAAGAAAGAAAAGCAGAAAAGAAGAAUAAGGAGGCUGGGAAAAAGAAAGGCAAGGACAAAGUAGAGAAAGAAGAGAACAGGCUUCCCAAGAAAAAAUCCAGUCUCAAGGAUAAAAUAAAAGAAGAUCAAAUAAAGAUCUCAGAAGAGGCAGAGGAGUCCCGCCAGGAAUCCCCGCCCGAGAAGGUUUACCCGUUCCGCGGAUACAACAUGGGUAACGUGCCCGUGCAGAUCGCAGGGGAAAGCUGGUACCUGUAUCCUUCGGAUGGAGGGCAGAUUGAAGUCGAAAAGACAACAUUUGAGAAAGGCCCAACUUUUAUCAAAGUGAAAGUGAAUAAGGACAAGCACAAUUUUUUAAUUCAUUUAAAAGACCCUAAGAAAAUAGUGAAAAAGGAAGAAAAAGAAGAGGAUUCUUCUUCAGAAGAGGAGAGAGAAGACAGAGAGGAGGAACAGAAUCCUGACACAGAACAAUCCAUUGCAAAGAAUAAAGCCGUCAGCAAGUUUGGCUCUUUCUCUGCCACCUUGGAAAAUGGAAUCUGCCUCUCUAUCAGCUACUAUGGGCCGAGUGGCAUGGCGCCAGAGGAUAAAGAUCCUUAUCUGGAAACAAUGUUGAAUAUCCCAUCAGUGCAUGUUCCAACAGUGAUUCCUGUGGUAGUGACUGUCCCUCAAGGCAAGGGAAAAGUGAAAGCAAAGGGCAAAGAAAAGCCCAAAGAAUCUAUUAAAGAAGAAGAACAACCAAAAGAAGAGGAGAAAAAGGAAGAAGUAGAACCAGAACCUGUUAUAGAAGAGACCAUUUACGUUCCCACCUUCCAAAGCUUAAAUGUGUCUUGCCCAAAUGGGCUCCUGGUGACCUUCAUUGGGCAAGAGCAUACAGAUCAGGAAGUCGUGGACGAGGAGCCCACUUGGAACAUCAUAGUCCGCCAGAGCUACCCCCAGAAGGUGCGGCACUACGAGUCCUACAAGGCGGCCAGGCCUCCCCUGAAGCAGGAGGUGUCCAGGGUGAUCACCAGCCAGGGCACGGUGGUCAAAUACAUGCUGGAUGGAUCCACGCAGAUCCUCUUCGCGGAUGGCGCUGUGAGCAGCAGCCCAGACUCGGGGCCCAUUUGUUCCCCCGUCGAGGUGCCAGCGAGUCCUCACAGCGGGGACCUGGUGGACACGGCCUCCCAGCAAAAGUCAGAAACGGGGCCGUCCGAGACGGUCAUCACGAAGAAAGGAAGAAGUCACAAAAACCAGUCCCUGUUGGCACAUAAGAGUGAAACCCAGGAGCCACCACCAGAAAUACCUCAAAAUAUAACUCCCGUGGAAGCUCACGUCAGCACCUGGUUUACGACCACGCCUGAAGGCAAUCGGAUUGGCACCAGAGGACUAGAAAGGAUAGCAGAUUUGACCCCGUUUUUAUCCUUUCAGACCACAGAUCCCAUCCAUGGAACGGUCAUGACCACUCGGGAGGACAAAGUGACCAUCGUGGAGAAGAAGGACGGGACUAGGAUCGUGGACCACGCCGACGGCACCAGAAUCACCACCUUCUAUCAAGUUUUCGAGGAUCAGACUGUGCCUCCAGACGAUCCAGAAAUGGCCGAGGACGCCCGCGCCAUGCCCCGGCAGGUGAAGUGCAUGCAGGUCGAGAGCUCGCACUACGCCACCGUCAUCACCAACUGCGAGGACAGCAGCUGCUGCGCCACCUUCGGCGAUGGGACGUCUGUUAUCGCGAAGCCACAGGGGACCUACCAGGUGUUGCCCCCCAAUACGGGCUGCCUCCACAUCGACAGGGAUUGCUCGGCCACCUACUGCCACGAGCCGAGCAGCGACAUGUACCACCCUUUCCAGAAACGUGAGCAGCUGAGAGCGAGCAGGUACGUCAUGAAGCACACAGCUGAGGUCGUCUGUGAGGUCCGGGAUCCCGAGGGAAACACUUUCCAGGUCAUGGCUGAUGGGAGCGUAUCUACUAUGCUGCCGAAACAUAAUUUGGAAGAUGAUUUAAAUGCACAGAUUGAGCACUAUGACAGCUUUUCAGCUGUCCAUCUCCAUAAGAAUGAGCAGCAAUUGUCUGAUGAGCACGUCCCCAGAUUUUUUGUUAUCUAUACGGAUGGCUCAGGAGUGGAACUUCUGCGAGACAGUGACACAGAAGAAUUCUUGUCCUUGGCGUACGGAGAGUCAACCGCGGUGGUUCUCCAAGAACCUGUCCAGGAACAGCCAGGCAUCCUCAGCAUCACGGUCCUGCGCCCUUUUCAUGAAGCUUCCCCAUGGCUAAUGAAGAAGGAAUUGGACACGAUCGUCCCUCCUAAUCUCCAGUCAAGGUCAUGGGACACAUUCCCCCCCAUCGAGAAAAAAGUUCCAGGGCCUCCAUUUGGCACUCAGAUUUGGAAGGGCCUUAAUAUUGGAUCCAAACAACUAGUGAGUGUCCCCGCCCCUAUACUUAAGAGCCCCAAAGUGCUGCAGAUACGCCAGUUCAUCCAGCAUGAGGUCAUAAACAAUGAAGUGAAACUGAAGCUGCAGAUUUCCCUUAAGAACUAUAUAAACCAUAUUCUAAAGAAAGAAGAUGAGCUGCAGGAAAUGACAGUUAAGGAUUCCAGAACCGAGGAAGAGAGAGGCAACGCUGCCGAUCUGCUCAAGCUGGUUAUGUCUUUCCCAAAAAUGGAGGAAACUGCAAAAAGCCAUGUCACUGAAGUUGCAGCUCACCUGACUGACUUAUUCAAACAAUCUUUGGCUACUAUACCAGAAUAUUCUCCUGAAAUAUUUGGCAAAGAUUUCUUGGAAAAGAAAUGGCGGCACAAAGAAGCAUCAAAGAACUGGAAAGAAAAGAUAGCUCUAAAGAGGAAGGACAUUGAGAAAACAGAAAAUUACUUAAUGGAAAUUAGGAACAAACUCAUAUCACCUUACUUUAGCUCUGAGCUGGGCAAGAGCUUUCAGUCUCAGUUUAAUUAUCUGGAAACUCUUUCCAAGAACUUGCCUUCCUUUAGAAGGAAAGAUGAAGAGGAAAACCAAACAGCUGUUGAAAGUGCAUCUGAUCUUCUACUAGUUCUCCAGCCUGGUAAAACUUCAAUACAGGACACCUCAGACACACCAGAUCUUCCAAAGGACACCAGCACAGCCGUCAGCGAGGCCACCAGCCAGCACCGGACUGAAGACUUAACUGAGCAGCCCUCGGAACCAGAAUUGUUUGAACCGCUGAAAAUCCCAACCCAGUCACUGCUGCAGGAUGUUGCAGGACAAGCAAGGAAAGAGAAAGUGAAGUUACCUCACUAUUUGCUGAGUUCCAAACCCAAGUCUCGACCUCUGGCCAAGGUGAACAAUCCAGUUGGAGGAAGAGUGAAGACAUCUUCUGUCGCAGCUGCCGCCAUUAAUAACGCAAAUUCAUCCUCUUUCGGAUUCCACCUGCUCCCCUCAUCAGUGAAGUUUGGGGUGCUCGAAGAAGGACAAACCUAUACAGCCACUGUAAGGCUCAAGAAUGUUGGGGUGGACUUCUGCAGGUUUAAGGUGAAGCAGCCGCCACCCAGCACGGGCCUGAAAGUGACCUACAAACCGGGGCCGGUGGCAGCUGGUUUGCAGGCAGAGCUGAAAGUGGAGCUAUUCGCCAUGGCUGUCGGGGAGGACGGUGCCAGAGGGGCCGUGCACAUCACUCACAAUGUUGAGAUCAUGACUGAGCACGAUGUCCUGUACUUGCCGGUGGAAGCAACAGUUUUAACAAGCAGCAAUUAUGCUAAGAGACUGAAAGAAUUUCCGCGGGUAACAGAAAACCCCAUGAUCCAGAGGACUUCCUCAAUUCUUGGAGCCUUCAUGUCUCGCAAGAUUUCUCACUAGAUCCAUUUCUGCUCGGUACAGCUCAAUCGCUUCCAUGAUCCUCUCGGCCUACAGAGGAUGACAAAGGACAGGAAUCACCCAAC